AUGGAAGAGGACGUGAAAACCGCCAUCGAGCGAGGCUGGUGGAAGGUUGCGAAGGAAAUCAUUCUCCAGAGUCACAAAGCAGACGCCGACGUGACUUCCACCGUGCGCAAGUCUGUCGCCGAUGUGCGUGUGCAUCUCGAUGAGCUCAUCCGAGUGCUGAACAAACAACACCACGAAAUUCCAGUAGUCCCCCCGGCCUUCCAGUGGGCGCAGUCGCCCAUAGAAGUCUUUCUCAACAUCAAAUUCGCCUAUCGAUGGAGCAGUCCAGGCGCGUUGUCAGUCACAGACCCGCAGUUUACCAGCGAGGCGCGCAGCUUCACCUUCACAGGCAUCGGGACGCACUCUGGAAUUCAAAAAAAAUACAGUCUGAGUCUCGGCCUUUUUGAGGACAUCGUACCCGAGGCAACCAAGUGGAGCUUCGCGUCUGUCGGCAAAGUGGUCGUGACGCUUCAAAAGAAAAAAGUGGGCGUGUGGCAUCGGCUGACUGAGGACAAGGCGAAGAUCUCCAACAUGAAUGUGUGGUGGGAUAUGAAGGAGAAAGUCCAGAAGGAUCUCGACGACUUCCACCACGGCAACUACACCGUUGCGCUCUCCACGGACAGCACUCAGACAGGCGAAGUCAACGCCGAAGAACAAGCAGAAAAAGCGACAACAGAUCAUGACGAGGAACUGUAA